UUAAGGAAAUGCCAUCAUAUCUUAAGGACACUACGGAUGUAAUUAAAAUUAUAAAAAAUAUUAAAUGGGAAAAUGGAUACUUUCUAGUAACUUCUGAUGUAACGGCACUUUAUACCUCUAUUUCUCACGAGAAGGGAUGUAAAAUGAUUCAAGAAUGUUUAGAAAAAUCAAGUAAUUUUAGUAAUAUACAUAUUUUAUUUCUUAUAGAUAGCAUUAGAUGGAUUUUAGAAAAUAAUUAUUUUAAUUUUAAUUCUAAAUUUUAUUUACAACUACAAGGUACGGCUAUGGGGACCAGGUUCGCCCCUAGUUACGCUAAUUUAUUCAUGUCAGGUUGGGAAUCGGAAGUUAUUUAUAACAGCCAUAAUUGGGGGACGAACCUGGUCUCCUACCAUAGAUAUAUCAAUGAUAUAUUUUUUAUAUGGAAGGGCACACAAUUGGAUUUAGAACUUUUUUUUAGCAA